AUGUAUAAUGGCCCUGACGAGAACUGGGAAGUGGACAUGGAGAACACACCCGCAGUCCAGUUCGCCGUCCCCAGCACUGGGGGAGGAUGCGGCCCCACCCAUCUUCCCGGCGACCGGGCAGGUGACAACGCCCCACUGGCGUCAACGAGCAAACAAGCGCCCACCAGACAUAUGACAACGCCUCCCCACUGGCGUCAACGAGCAAACAAGCGCCUUCCACACCACCAACCAAACAUACGACGACGCACCACUGGCGUCCACAAGCCAACAAGCGCUCCGCAUCAUCAGCGACCAGAUCUACGACGACGCACCACUAGCAUCCUCAAGCCAAGGCUCGAUCCCCACCGCCAACGAGACCACCGAUCAGGGAUAACAGCUUACAGGAAGGCUAUGCAGUGGGAGUCUGAGUCCAGUGAUAGUGAAACAGAGACGGGACAGAAGUUCCGCCGCAAGGAGACGCAACCCCCGACCUCCGCCGGAUGUCGCCGCGCCAAGCCGCCGAUCCUCGACUCAUCGCCCAGCGCCACGAUCAACGAGGAGGUCACCCCACCGGCCACCCCACGUGUAGGCCCCGGAGAUCGCGGGUUCGACCUCUCUCCAGGCACGCUGGACGUGCUGAUGGAGGAGCUCGAGCCGGGAGUAGAAGGUCUUCUUACAGGACUUCAUCCCAGACUGGGACCCGAGUGCACUUCCGACAGCGCCACGCUUCGCUUGCCCAGCCCCCGCCACCACCGCCGACGGCGUCCCACCUUCCGCGCUUCGCUUGCCCAGUCCCUGCGGCCACCACCGCCGACGAGGUCCCACCUCCAGCGCCACGCUUCGCCUCGCCCAGCCCCGGCCACCACCGCCGACGAGGUCCCACCUUCAGCGCCGCGCUUCGCUUGCCCAGCGUCCCUGCGGCCACCACCGCCGACGAG